AUUUAAGAACCAAAAUUCAAUAUGGCGCCUAUCGCUCUGAAGGACAAACGAAUUGAAGAGCUAACAAAACAGUUGGUAAAACGAUUCAUAACAGGAGAGGUAAAUGGAUGGAUUCCUUAAGGCAUGUUCUCUAAUUUAGAUACAAAAUUCAUGCCCGAUUUUGUUUCAUAGCUUGCAAAAAAGAACGUUCCUGUGGCAGUACAGUUUGCCUUGUCAAAUUUUAGGUAGUAUUGUUUUUAUGGUUAUUACGAAUUAAAUAGCAAAGCUUAGUGGUUCGUCUUUUAUUAUGUGGUAGUACAUGAUAGUGGUCGUUAUCUGUAAAGGUUUCAACUUUCUAGCGAUCUUCAAAAGUUAAAUAAACGUAGAUGAUGGGUACGGUACUGACGUACAGGUAUACUGUCUGGAAACUGGGUAACAUGUACUGUAUCUAGACAUGUAGUGUUGUACUUUCUUUGUGCAUUUGUAUUGUACGAUUUUGUUGUAUGGAUUGAAUAUUUUGUACAAAUGGUUACAGUAAAUAUAUAUGCUAGUAUUAGGGUGUGAUUACUGUCCAGUAUUAAACUCUGCAGUACAAUUUAAUUUCAAUAAACAUACAUUACAUAUACCCUUGCCUUGUUAAUUUUUUUGCUAGUAGACAAAAGGUUUUCCAAGCGCCUGAAAGAUCUGCAUUAUAUAAAUGCACUGAAAAGUUCACAUAUUAAACCAUUUUAUAAUUGGAAACUGCAUGUUAGUCAUGUCGUAUUUAACAAAUAUAAAACAUUUUCCGUGUCGAUAUACAGUUUAUCAACACGAGUGGAAAUUGGGAAAACGAUUCCACGAGUGUUGAUAUAACUGUAUAUCAAUACGGAAAAUUUUUAUAUUUGUUUUAUAAUAUAGCACAAAGAAACAUAAAGAAUGAAAUUUUCCAACAUUUCCGUGUUGACAUUGAGUUAUGUCAACACGGCUCUUAGCCAAUCAGCAUUCAGAAUUUACAAGUGCUAUAUUAUAAAUUGUUAUGUUAAAUCUGUAUUUGUGUUUUAGAUACCAUAAAUAUUUAGAUGCUGAUAGUAACAAAGUCGAUAGAACAAUUGAAGGGUAAAUGUCACCAGCCUUAUCAAAAUUGGAUUGCAAUUGACAUUUGUGUUUUAAAAGUAGCCAUAAUAAUGUAGAAAAUAAAAUAUUUGAUUUUUAAGGCUUUGUGAGAAGUUCACUAUCCAUGGUCAAGAGCAUAAAUCAAAAUCACUUUCUACAUUGGUGGAGAAGUUUAUGAGUUGUGCUUUGUUUGAUAAGCAGUAUGGUGAAAAGGUCUGGUGUUUAACUAAGGCUGCCAUACAGAGAUCAAUUUCAGAAAGCUCUGUGUUGUUUUUUUGAAUAGCUCUAUCAGUUCUGAACUGUUAAUUUCCCUAACAGUCCAGUAAGAGCCAAUUAGCCUAAUUCUCACAAAGGCCAAAAUCCACCAUUUUUGGGAUACUGUCUGCCCUCGUGAAAGAUUCUGGACAAUUCAAACAACGUGAAAAUUUACCAUUAUACAAACAACCAUAUUAACUGCACUAAAAAGUCAUAUUUUGUGGUGCAGAGACUCUCAAAUGUGGGACAGGCACUACCGGUAUCCCCAAAAUGGUGGGAAAAUUGGCCGUGAGACAGGCUAAUUGGUCUAGCUCACACCUGGAGAGAAUUUGUUGUGUUUGACGUCAAACUGGAAGCACAGUUCUCGCUUGUGACUCGUAUGAAAUUUUUAAAUCCUGCUUUCAGAGCAGAUUGUAGACAAAUUUUCUGGGUGGGGAUGGGUGCAUUUGAGUGCAACCCCCACACACACACACACCAAGAAUAUUUUGCACCUCUCAGAAAGUUUUCCCACCCCACUCAGAGAAACUUGCACCCUCCCAUCCUCCAGAAAUUGAAAUACCCAUUGGAUUAAAUGGCAAUAUUGAAAUAAGGAUUUUGAGCUAAAUAAGACUAGAAUCCCAAAAUUUUCCCUAAGAGAAUUUUUGGGACAUAUUUUUCCUGGGGACAUAUUUUCCCAACGCCAAUUUCUGCUUGAUUUUGCAAAUUAGUUUUGAAAAAAAAUAAUGAUGGGAAUGUGAAAGUUUUAAGCUUCAAAAUACUGUGUCAUCCAGUAUAUAAUACUGUAUGACAACGCAGGCAAUAUACUGGCAAUACUGCAGACAAUACUCUAUACUGCAGACAAUUAUUUUGAAUAAUAUUUUAAUUUCUAGAGUGAUGUCCAUUAUGCCUUACUUAAAUUUCUGACCGUACUAUCAGAGUCUCCAAUCAAUGCUGUUUACCAUCAACCACACGCAGACCAACCUGAGGAUGGUUAGUUGUUAAAUGUUAUCCCAUUCCCAUUAAAUGCUCAAAAGAACAAGACUACUUGACAACUAAGGAAAUCAACUACUUUUGGCAGAGUAAACAAACGAGUCACAACUCUUAAUGGGUUAAUGCUGAUUAUGGGCAGAUAUGGUCUAGUUAAACUAUUAAUUUUUUUUUAAUUUUAUUUUACAAGAUUCGCCAAACAUAACAGACAUAAAUAAGACUAAUACUUUACAAAAUUUACGUACAAUUUGGGCAGGGACUAGCCACAGAGAUAAUCUCCAAUUAUGGGGUCCCUUACAAUAAGUUACAAUAUAUAUACAUUAAAACAAAUUAUGCUAAAAUGUCAACAACAUGUCCUCACUAAUAACAAGUAAUAAGCUAUCAAGAGACCGAGUUGAGUGGCAUUUGACGCACACUGACUUAAAUGUUCUAGGAUUGUCCGGGUUGUAUAUUUGUUCUAAAAGGUUUAAGUAGUAUAAUUGAGUAAAGAGUUUUUAAAGUAAUUUCCCAUUGAGCAGUAAAGUCAUCUAGCUGGCAUAUUAGAGAAAGUAAAAGGUACACUGGGACACAUUAAUGCAAUAAAAGAAUAUGUUUCAUGAUAGAAAACGUGUCAAGAAAGCGUUAAUCGAAUUUCGUGUAACAACAGAAAGCACAUCUUGGGUUCCAAUGUUUCAUUUCCACUGUUUUGAUACAGGGCAUGUUUCUAAAUGCAUUUUAUUGGCGUUCGGUUAUUUCUGAAAAGUACCAUAGACAAUGGCAUAGAACAGUACUGUCUUUGUCAGUGUAGGUAGUGCAAAUAAAAUGAACAAGAUUUCGUUGGUAGGGAUUUGUAUUUGUAUUUUUUGUAUUUAAAAAAGAACCUCUGUUAGCUAACGCUAGUUUACACGAGGUCUUAAAAAUAGGAUUACCCUACAAGAUAAAAAGUCUAUAAAUCUAGGUAUUUGUAAAAAUUACUAAAAUACGUUAAAAGUUCAAAUAGUUAAUAAUAAUUAUAUGAACCAGUCUAGCUGUUUAAGAACAGCAGACUUAAACAUGGAUUUGGAAGAUAUGAUUUUUAUAGUAUAGUCUAAAUUGUUCCAUAGACGGAUAGCUCUGGUCCUAAAAGCCCGAGCUAAAAAGGUUUUCUUUUUUAACAUAGGUUUCUCUAACAACAUAUUAUCACUUCGACACCUCGACGAAAAUCUAGUAUUGUGUUCAUGAGUAAUUUCAAAUGGUUUAAAAUUCACGUAAAUUGCAUUUGGUUCACCAGAAUAAAGUACAUUAUGCAAUGCCAUUAAGGUUAUGCAACUACCUGAAAAAUAUAAGGAGAAUUUCGACGUUUCGAGCGAAGGCCUUUUGUCUGGAGUUUCUAGAAGCUUGUUCCUACUUCAUCCAGGUGAUCUUGAUACGCGGAAAAGUACUGGCACUAGUUGUCAAAUAGAAAUCCAUUUUAUGAUUAAAACAACUGAAUAUCUCCUGUAAUAUACUUUAUUUCGAUUCCAUAUUUUUGUCAGAGCUAUAGUUCUCAUAACCAAACAUAAUUACAAAAUUUCAACUAGUUUCAUGAAGAAUAAUGAAAGAUAUAAUUGACUGAAUACAUCAAAAUGGAUUUCUAUUCGGACAACCCUUUCUGAGCGCUGAUUGGCUAAAAUACGAACACGAGAUCACCUGGCAUAGCACAGUACAUUGUUCUAAUUUGACAACAUCAACUAAGGUUUUUGCAUGUUUAAUUUAUAGUGAAAGAUAAUUUUAAUUGGACGAAAUAUCUUCUUGAGGGCGAAGAAAAAUACAUCGUGCAUUAUUAUGACACACAUGAAGAGGUAUACUACAGGGUGUAUAAAAAAAAACUGAACAGAUUUGAAAUUGCUCUCAAAUUCGCAAAACACCUAUUUGCAUCCGGUUUUUUAUAUAUAUAGCUUCUUUGGGUACUUAUAAUGUAGAAUAAUGAAAAAAUUUCUCAAACUCAAAUUCUGUGAACCAGGGGGGUGUGUCUUUUCCAACAAACUAAAAAUGGCACGCGCACAAAAUUUAAAAGUUGUAAUCAUAUUUUGAGUUAAUAGAUGGAAACUUUGUCGGGUUUUUAAUUACUGUACAAAAUUUCAGACAAUUUGGUUGAGUUUAAGCCUUUAACUAUUCAUUUUAUUUUAAAAAAUCAGCCUUUCGCAUGCUUAAUUAAUGCGUUUACCUAAUUUGCAAAUUGCUAACAUAUGCAAAUUAGGCAAGGGCAUUAAUUAAGCAUGCAAAUAGCUGAUUUUUAGGAAAAAUGUAACUUUGCGUGAAUAGUUAAAGGGCUUAAACUAAACCAAAUUGCCUGAAAUUUUGUACAGUACUUAAAACCCCGAAAAAUUUUCCAUCUAUUAACUCAAAAUAUGAUUACAACUUUUAAAUUUUGUGCGCGAACCAUUUUUAGUUUGUUGGAAAAGACACCCCCCCUGGUUCACAAAAUUUGAGUUCAAGAAAUUUUUUUCAUUAUUCUACAUUAUAAGUACCCAAAGAAGCUAUAUAUAUAUAUAAAAACUGGAUACAAAUAGGUGUUUUGCGAAAUUGAGAGCAAUUUCAAAUCUGUUCAGUUUUUUUUUGAUACACACUGUAUAUUAUAUGCACAACAUUCUACACUUCUCUCUUACCAAAAUCAUCUAUAUUUAUAAAUUUUGUUCCAUUUAUUUCAUUUCUCUCUCACAGUCAUGUAGUUUUUGAAGUACUAGUUAAAUCAUGAGCAGCUGAUCUUUAUCUGAUAUACAAACUCGAGUCGAAGGCGUGAGUUUCUGUUUGUAUAUCAGAUAAAGAUCGGAUGCGAAUGUUUUAACGAAUAACAUACUUAAAAAACGACCCAUCUUGUGAGUUCAUUGGCGAAGUAAUUUUAAAAAUAAACAUAUUGUCUAAGUCGAGAAAAUCAAAGCUGAAGUUUAUGUAAAUCAGGACAAAUCUUUAUCCGAUGUACAAACAUUGAUUAAACAUUAAUUUCUUUUGUAUUUUCCUCGUGAAUUAUUAAUAAAAUUUUUAAUAUUUAAUACAGUUUUCGUCUUUGUUUCAGGAAUUUUGGAGUGAUUUAGAAUCAGAGGUAUAGUUACACCGUAAUAUAAACUUAAGAUAUUUUUUCUGCAUGAUUUCCCCCAAGCAUAAUGGACGAAUUGUCCCGUUGUCUUGUGUUUUAUAAAAUAGGAUGAAAGUGACAAUGAAAACGACCAAGUUUUAGAAGGACAGGAUUUGGAUGAAGAUGAAAGAAAACAACUCCAAGUAAUUAAUAGAACCGUUCGACAUCCCGAGAUUAAUGGAGUUACAAAGGAGGUCAGUCCGUCACUAAAUAACUGAAUGUCAGGCAUCCAUGUUCUUGAUUUAAAUUGCCGUUGGUUGCUCCAGACCUGUUAAGAAUUUAUGUGGAAAAUUCAUUUCUCCAUAGGCAUAGAUGAUAUUCCAGCGCUAUAGACGAAAUUUUGAUCUAGGCAAGAAGAACGAAACCCAUUACCAUAGCUGGAAAGAGCAUCUUAAAAUGAGUAAAAUUGCAAAGUUUGAUUGUGAAAUGUUGUAUAAAAAUGAGGAAAAUAUAGCCCUGCGAAGUUCGCAAAUUUUGUAUAUAUUUGCAUUACGCACGAGAAAAAUGGUUAUUUUACCGCGCGUAAUACAAAUAUAUACAAAAUUUGCGAACUUUACAAGGCUAUAUUUUCUUCAUUUUACAACAUUUCGCAACCAAACUUUGCAGUUUUACUCAUUCUAAGACGCUCUUUCUAGCUGUGGUGUUGGAUUUCGUUCUUCUUGCCUUGAUCAAAAUUUAGUCUAUAUAGCUGGAAUCACCCAUUCUGAGUUUCACGCUUGUAUUAAAUUAACAGGUGAGAGAUAUUCUUUGUGAAAAUCUAGUGGAAGCUUACUGGUUGACCAAUGAAAGUUCUCGUGUGGCUGAAGAAACAUCGGAAAUGUCACUGGCCUCUCAAUGGUACGAAUAA